AGAGGAAGAAGUAGCGCUGCAGUUCGGGGUUACAAGAGGCAAGUGGAGAGUGUUGCCAGCGCAUGUCUGCGGGGGCAACCUCCUGCACCCUGGCUCUUCCAGUGGUCUCGUCGUCCUCCGUGCCGGUUCCUGUCCCUGCGGGCUUCUCGCUGCUGGCCAACCUGAGCCAGCAGGAGCAGGAAGUCGCCGCGGCAGCAGCCCUGGCCCGCUCGGCGGCGGCGGACCUCCAUGGCCUGCUUCCGGAACUCAAUGGUGCUGAUCUGGCGAUGUCCCUGAGCCCCAAGCAGCACCACCAGCCACACACCACGCCCUUCUCUGUCACAGAUAUCCUGAGUCCGAUAGAGGAAUCGUACCGAAAACUAGAACUAUCCGGGUCUGGUGCGCCGCCGUCUCCGUAUCGCAGCAGUACCGGCGGUAGCAGUGCCGGCAGCAGUACCGGUGGGGGUGGCACCAUAGUGAGCAAUAUCCAGGCGGCGCCCAGCCCCAGCGGAGGCGCCGCGACCGCCGUCAUGGCGGCCAACCCCUACAUGCACGUGGGGCAGCUGUCGCACCACCAGUUCCCAGCGCAAUAUUGCAACGGCUCUGACAUCUCGACACACUAUGGCGACAUGCGCAACUCCGGAUGGUACGGUGCCACAGCCAACGACCCCAGAUUCGCAAUUUCCCGCCUCAUGGGCUCCUCCGCAACGGCCGGCAUGAACAUGAACAUGGGCAACAUGUCUGGCUUGUCCACGUGCAGCGUGACCGGAGACGCGAAGCCCAUGCAGUUCCCACUCGCGCAGCGCAGAAAGCGACGCGUCCUCUUCACGCAAGCUCAGGUGUACGAGCUGGAGCGGAGGUUCAAGCAACAGAAGUACCUGUCGGCCCCCGAGAGGGAGCAUCUUGCCAGUCUCAUCCACCUCACGCCUACACAGGUGAAAAUCUGGUUCCAGAAUCACCGGUACAAAUGUAAACGACAGGCCAAGGAGAAGGCAAUGGCGGAACAAAACGCGCAGAAUCAGGCCCAGAGUUCGCCGCGAAGGGUAGCAGUUCCGGUGCUUGUCAAGGACGGGAAACCGUGUUCAGGAACCGGGGAUGUUUCUGCCGGAGGUGGAGCUCGGUCAGGACUUGGUAGCGGUCAAUCCCCACAGACUGCGGGCGCAGGGGUCACUCAUUGCUCACACAGCCCUGCGAGUUCUGGGCUGACUCACCAACAACAGCAGCAGCAGCAGCACCAGCAACAGCAACAGCACCAACAGCAGCAGCAGCAGCAACAGUCAGCUUGCAGCAGUACGGCCAGCCUACUCAGCAAUAUGGCGUAUCAGCGACAGAAUCUCGCAGCUAUGGGUAUGCAACACCAGCACCAACAGACAGCUAACAUGUGUUCGUCCUACCUCCCACUUCAAGGCCGGGCCUGGUAAUGCAUUUAGUGAGGCCCAUCCUAUGGUAACGGCAUCUGUAAGGAACCCCAGAACCGUGACCGGAAACACUAUCGUAACAAUGUUAAUGUGUCGAGUUGUCGACGCAGUUUCGUGAGAUCGGAUGACAAUUGUGGAUCCUGUGGUAAUAGUGUCUCUGAUUAAUAUCAGAAUGGUGACGGAAACAGUAUCCACCUGACGAUGUCAAAGUAGCCAACUCGCUUCGUGAGGCGAAUCAUGCGGAAGUGGCCAUUAUACUGAGUAUCACAAAAUACUCUGAUGUAAAGAACAGAUCUAUCAGGGUAGGGCCAAUCGACUGUGAUCAACCUAGGGAAGACCAGUGAAGGGGUUGAAAGAUAUUUGCAUAUUCUAUAAUAAUGAAAUCUCUUAUGAAUAAGUUACCAGAAAGUCGUCCGAACAUUUUAAGUAUCGCUAUAGAUCUAUCGAAUAGCAGAUAAUCGACUAUAAUAACGAUAUAUAGCGAUAUCGACUGUGGUAAUGAUACCAAUCUAUGGGCAGUGAGCCAACUGAAGAUAUACCUCACGCUACUGACAGUGUCAAGUCAAACUCUGGCUAGUUGACUGUGCUUGUGUUAUCAAAUUGUGGAUUUUGUUUGCUGAUGUAAGGAAAAGGAGCAAGUAGACGGAAUGUGAUGUAAACCAAUGAUCUGAUUAGCUGAAAUACUGUGGUCACGGUGUCAAAUUACCAGACAUACUCAGAAACAGGUCUCGCUCUUAAGAGUAUGGCACAGUAUCUAAUAUGGGUUCAUUCGAUAUAAUGUCAACUUAUCGAUUUUCCUGAUGAGGACUGUGCUAUCAUAAGAAAGCAAACAGACCAGAAUAGACAUAAUAGCAAUCAUGAAAUCAUAGUCAGUCGAAUGCGGCAAUGAUAAAACAAAAACACUGUGUAGUCAAACCUAACUGUAAGGAGCAUGACUCAGUCCUGCGAAAUGCAUGGCUCAAGAAAACGUGUCUCAAGUACUUCUCUUGGAUAGACUAUAAGAACAUAUCAUGUUCAGACGUCCUUACAUCAAAACAAUUAAUCUUUUUUUUUUUUACAGAUCCGUUAAACAUUGCAAGAUUUGUUCGUAACAUUCGGUAAUACACUCUCAGUUCAAGACACAGAAAUAUUUCUUGACCUUCAAGUCCGUCUUCCGCGUUCAUUAACCUUUCAAGGCAAAGUGACAACUAUAUGCACCACAUAUUUUAACAUUAGAAAACUGAAUUUUGCCUACAGAUUGGAUGUUCAUAUGCUCUCAUUACAAUUCUCAGAAGAAGCAACGAUUAAUUCUAAUACACAACAUUUACAAGUUCACAUUGUAAUGGAGUUGUGGUGUGGUUUCUGAGAGGUAGGAACUAAACGUUUAAUAUAAUUGAGACGAAAUUCAUGCUUCAAAGUGUUAAGUAAUUUGUUAUAAGCAAAUUAAAAAACUCAGAGUAACAUAAUUAUAUUACAAUUAAUUAUGAAACACAAAAUUCAGUUAUCAACAUCGUAGUGUUUCCAUCUUCUUAUGAUGCAGCAAGAAACAAAAGGCAAAAUAAUAAUUUGAAUCGUAAUGCUAUAUGAAUUUUACAGACUUAGGAUAAACUUUGCCAAUGGUAGUGUUGUGCAAAUCCAAGGUCAAGUUCAUUGACUAAUAUUAAGUAUUUAGUUACGGAGGGACGAAUCGCACAGUAAUUAUAUCGGUCUGACAAUAAAGUUCGCGAACUCGUCGUGGUAAAGUGCUACAUAUCUCAUUGCUGAAUAUCACUGUGGUCGCUUUCAAAGUACUCCCCUAGGAAAAAUUUGCACUGAUGCCAGCGCCUAGUCCACCCUUCAAAACAAUUUUGGAACUGAUUUUGUGGAAUGACCUUCAGAGCUGCAGUCAUGUUACUCCCGAUUACAUCAAUGUCACCAAAAUACCGCCCUUUCAAUAUUUCCUUUAACUUCGGGAACAGAAAAGUCACUGGGGGCUAGAUCCGGUGAAUAGGGAGGACGUUCCAGCACAGUUAUUUGUUUACCAGCUAAAGCAGCCUUUUCAGCACUUCCAAAUAGUAAACCUGGUACGUCAACGUCAUCAAACCAUACUGAGGUUUGUGUCCACUGCUGCCACGGCAAGAUCGCGAACUUUAUUGUCAGUCCUCGCAUACAGCACAUCACAGAACAAUACGUGUAAGAUACGUGCAAGCAGUUGUGCUGCUCGAAAUACAGAGGAAACCUUAUAUAAUAUUUAUCGAUUUGACUCUUUCGCUCGUUUAACGUCGAAUUUCAAUGAUUAAAAGGGAACAGUGUCAGUGUUAAAUUUCCUACCUCAGAGUUUUCAUCACCUUGGCAUUGAAAUCCAUUGUUCCCCCUUAGAAGUGAAAUGUAUUAAAUCGCUUAUGGUAAGCUAAAGUUCAGAUCAUUAUAACCGUCAAAUAAAACUGCAGUAACAUUCAGUGUGGACUGCACUAUAGCUCAAGAGGUUAGUCGCUGGCUUCCCACCGCGGCGGCUCGGGUUCGAUC